GCACGGGCCCAUCACCUCGACCGGAGCCUGUUUCGCGGGAAGAUAUUCGCCCACUUACCGGAGCCCGGAGCCCAUGGCGCGCCGGUGUAUGCCGAAUCCGUCGAGUCGGAUAUUAGAAGAUGCCUCAAUUAUGUGCAACUCGUGGUCGCCGAGACAUAACGGGGACUUAUUUUCGGGACUCAACGAUGGACUGAUAAGCCGUGCCGAAGCGCUAGCCGCCGUCGACAUCAAACAUCAGAGCACGGGAGGACCUGGGGGUCUCCCCCAACUCAAACACGACAUGAUGUACCACCAUAGCAUGGGGGCGCCGCCGCCGGUUAGUAGGCCGCAUCAGAUGGGUCACAUGGACGGCCUGGAAAUGUUAGACCCCAUAUCAACGUCGUCGAUGACGACCCUGACGCCCAUGUCCGAAACAUCAACCCACAUGCACUCGUACGGCAUGAAUCAUGUAAUGAACCACCACCACCACGGCGGCCCUUUAUCGGGCCAUAGCGCCCCCGGCCACCACCCCGGCCACCACGGGGGUCACCCGGGCGCCCACCACCCCGCCAUGGCGGCCGCGGCGGCGGCGGCAGCCGUGGCCGGCCUCCACCCCGACGCCGACACGGACCCGCGGGAGCUCGAGGCCUUCGCCGAGCGCUUCAAGCAGCGGCGGAUCAAGCUGGGAGUGACGCAGGCCGACGUGGGGAAAGCGCUCGCCAACCUCAAGCUGCCGGGGGUCGGCGCCCUCUCGCAGUCGACGAUAUGCCGCUUCGAAUCGCUCACCCUCUCCCACAACAACAUGAUCGCGCUGAAGCCCAUCCUGCAAGCGUGGCUGGAGGAGGCCGAGGCGCAAGCCAAGAACAAGAGGAGGGACCCAGACGCGCCCAGCGUCCUACCAGCCGGAGAGAAGAAGCGCAAGCGGACGUCGAUAGCGGCGCCGGAGAAGAGGAGUCUGGAGGCCUACUUCGCCGUGCAGCCGAGACCCUCGGGGGAGAAGAUAGCGGCGAUAGCGGAGAAACUCGACCUGAAGAAGAACGUUGUGAGGGUUUGGUUUUGUAAUCAGAGGCAAAAACAGAAGAGGAUGAAGUUCGCGGCGCAACACUGACCGGAUGUUAAUUUCGGGUUUCCUGUGAAUUAGUGAACAUUCAUUAACGGCUGAGUUGCGGACAAGAGAAAUUGCUGGAAUCCCUGCUUGUGUUCUCUCGGCAAUAUUCUGGCAAAUAUGCUCAAAGCACUGUAUAUAUUAGAAGAACACUUCGUACCUUUAAGGGGUUCUGAACGAGGAACAGCUUCAAAUAUGUAUGUGAAUGGGUCGUUCAAUUUUUUUAGAGGUCUAAUUUUAGGCUGCGUAUUGAAUUACGUUAUUUAGUCCAGGAGAAAAAAUUAGGUACGUUUUAAAAGAUAUACUCACACAAAAAAGUUAUUAAUUAUGUUACAAUGCGAUGCAUGUUUCUUUCAGAAUUUUCAGUCAACUCUUCGUUUCAAAAAAUAUAAUUAUUAAAAAAAACUAAUUACUUUACUCUGGUAUUAAAAUAAUAAUGGGCUCUGUUAAGCACUAAAUUAAAUUCUACCUAACAGUGAUAUUUCUCACUUGUAUGAACUUUGAUUACAUGAACAACAUUGUAGUAAACUUUCACUGAGGAGCUUUUGAAACAUGUUACAUUAUAUUUCAAUAAUGUCGCGUAAUA